CGGCCCAGCCCCCCUCCUCCUCAGGUGAGGCAGCCAGGCCUAGCAGGCCCCACGCCGCUGCCUCUGCCUCCGGGCCACCGCUGCUGCGGGGCCACCAUGCUCCUGCCCAGGCCUGGAGACUGACCCGACAAGGGCACUAUCUCUCAGCUCCGCCCCCACCUGCCGGACCCCAGGGUCCCUCCCCGGCCCAGGAAGUCAGCCGGGGAAUCAUUAACAAGAGGCCGUGACAUGGCGGAGAAAGAGGGUGGCCGGACUGUGCCAUGCUGUUCCGGACCCAAGGUGGCAGCUCUCGCUGUGGGGACACUGCUGCUCCUGACGGCCAUCGGGGCAGCAUCCUGGGCCAUUGUGACCUUUCUACUCAAGAGUGAUCAGGAGCCGCUGUAUCCGGUGCAGGUCAGCCCUGCCGACGCCCGGCUCAUGGUGUUCGACGACACAGAGGGCACGUGGCGGCUGCUGUGCUCCUCGCGCUCCAACGCCGGGGUGGCGGGCCUGGGCUGCGAGGACAUGGGCUUCCUCAGGGCCCUGGGCCACUCGGAGCUGGACGUGCGGACGGCGGGCGCCAACGGCACGUCGGGCUUCUUCUGCGUGGACGAGGGGAGGCUGCCACUGGCCCGGAGGCUGCUCGAGGUCAUCUCCGUGUGUGACUGUCCCAGGGGCCGUUUCCUGGCUACUGUUUGCCAAGAUUGUGGCCGUCGGAAGCUGCCUGUGGAUCGCAUCGUGGGAGGCCGAGACACCAGCCUGGGCAGGUGGCCGUGGCAAGUCAGUCUUCGCUACGAUGGAGCUCACCUCUGUGGAGGGUCCCUGCUCUCUGGAGACUGGGUGCUGACAGCUGCCCACUGCUUCCCUGAGCGGAACCGGGUCCUGUCCCGCUGGCGGGUGUUUGCCGGAGCUGUGGCCCAGGCCUCCCCCCAUGGCCUGCAGCUGGGGGUGCAGGCGGUGGUGUACCACGGGGGCUACCUCCCCUUUCGAGACCCCAACAGUGAGGAAAACAGCAAUGACAUCGCCCUGGUCCACCUGUCCAGCCCCCUGCCCCUCACGGAAUACAUCCAGCCCGUGUGCCUCCCGGCUGCCGGCCAGGCCCUGGUGGAUGGCAAGAUCUGUACCGUAACCGGCUGGGGCAACACACAGUACUACGGCCAACAGGCUGGGGUACUCCAGGAGGCCCGAGUCCCCAUAAUCAGCAACGAUGUCUGCAACGGCCCCGAUUUCUACGCGAACCAGAUCAAGCCCAAGAUGUUCUGUGCCGGUUACCCUGAGGGUGGCAUCGACGCCUGCCAGGGUGACAGCGGUGGCCCCUUCGUGUGUGAGGAUAGCAUCUCUCGGACGCCACGUUGGCGGCUGUGUGGCAUCGUGAGCUGGGGCACCGGCUGUGCCCUGGCCCAGAAGCCAGGUGUCUACACCAAAGUCAGUGACUUCCGGGAGUGGAUCUUCCAGGCCAUAAAGACUCACUCCGAAGCCAGCGGCAUGGUGACCCAGCUCUGACCUGCGGCUUCUCCUUGAUGUGCACGCCUCCAGGGCCCAAGUUCGCCUAGGUGGCUCCAGCCCCACCUGGUGGGGUUCACCCUGGGCCUGGAAUGGGACGUUUUUCUUCUUGGGCUGAGCCCACAGGUCCAAGGAUACCCUCCCUCCAGGCUCCUCUCUUCCACAGUGGCGGGCCCACUCAGCCCUGGGACCACCCGAGCCUCACCCUCCUGACCCCCAUGUAAAUAUUGUUCUGCCAUCUGGGGACCCCCAUCUAGGUGCCCCUGAUGACAGGAUGCUCUUUAAAUAAUAAAGAUGGUUUUGAUUAACGUG